AUGGAGCCCAGGCAGCUCCAAGAGGAGGUUAUCCAGAUGAAAGAAGAGAUGGCACUUCUGAAGGAGGAAAUGACACAUCCUAAUCAAGAGUACAUCGCCCGUUUGGAUGGGGAACUGACCACACUGAAGAAAAACUGCGACUCACUGAGUGAACAGGUGGUCGGCCUGGGGGGAGAAGUGGCCACACUGAAGAAGGAGGUGACUACACUGAAGGAGGGCAACGCCACACUGAAGGGAGACAACGCCACACUGAAGGGAGACAACGCCACACUGAAGGGAGACAACGCCGCACUGAAGGGAGACAACACCACACUGCGUCAGGAGGUGGUCCAUCUACGUGAAGAGGUAGUCCGCCUGCGACAGGCUGUCCUCGAGGAGCGCACCACUCGCCAGGUCGUCGUGGAGGAGCUGCGGCAGGAGGUCCGCCGGCGAGCAGCGCCAUCCGACCGUUCACAGAUCCGCAGCAUCAGCGGUGGAGGCGGCCUGCAGCGGCGGCAGCAGGCGCACCUGCCGUACCGGCUCUCUGGCGCAGUCUAG